UAACUGUUGCUACAAACGCUGCUCCAAAUUGCGCAAAUUUACCGACGCAGUCAGCGUGUGUGGCCUGCCAUUACAUAUCAUUACACGAUGAGGAUGAUGUUGCUGUAAAGCUUUCAAUUAAAUAUUCCAGCGAUGGUUCACAAAUUUCUUUUUCCGUGAGCUAUAGGGCAAGAAGGCUGGAGAGGAGUUUCCUCUGCAGCCAGGGAGCCAAUGGAGGCUCGUGUAUGCGCUCACAUGAGUUUCUCCGGACAGUUUUUAAUGACUGAUAUUGAUGUAUGGUAAUUUCUUAGCUGGAUCACAUGACACAAUUACCUCAAGAAUCGAUCAAGAUGUAUUGCAGGUCUGCCUACGUUUCCGAUUUUUUCUCCCUGGCGGGGUCUUUCCACACGCCUGUGGUGCUAUAGAUGGACAAAGUUUAACACAGUCAAGCUGCCAAUUCCUUUCCUCUGUUGCAUAGAGGAAAAGGGAAGAAGAGAUAUGACGGAAUACGAUGAUCGCAGCUGUGCGUCAAAUAUGUUUUUACCGAGCUGCACUUAUUACGUUUCGACGCCCGAUUUUACAUCAGUCUCCUCCUUUUUACCGCAGACCACUUCGUGUCAGAUUAAUUUCCCCUAUUCUCCCAACAUAGCUCAAGUCCAACCUGUUCGAGAAGUCGCUUAUAGGGAUUAUGGACUGGACCAUCCCAAAUGGCACUACAGGGGCAAUUACGCGUCCUACUACUCUACGGACGAGAUAAUGCACCGGGACUUGAUCCAGUCCUCGAGCAGCAGGGCGGAUGUGAUUUUCAAAAACGAGUCCUUGUACGGCCACCACGGCGGGACGAGCUCGCCGUGCAAUUUCUUCACCGGCGUCGGGCGAAACGGGGUGCUUCCCCAGGGCUUCGACCAGUUUCUUGACACGCCUAACUCGGACAAGCCCAACGCGGAGCUCCCCAAACAAAAGACAGACUCUGCCGUGCCCGGUGAUGCUGCGAAUAACAAUCAGGCUUUAACCAAACUGGAGCAGCACAAAGCUGAGCCGACCGGGAGCGUGGACGAGGACUCAUCCUCCAACUGCGGCGACAAGAACAGCCAACAAAGUUCAUCAACCAAGUCCAGGAAGAAGAGGUGUCCUUACUCCAAAUACCAAAUCCGAGAACUUGAACGAGAGUUUUUCUUCAACGUGUACAUUAACAAAGAGAAGCGUCUCCAGCUGUCCAGGAUGUUAAACCUGACAGAUCGACAGGUGAAGAUUUGGUUUCAGAAUAGAAGAAUGAAAGAGAAAAAGCUCAACCGUGACCGCCUACAGUAUUUCACUGGGAAUCCUUUAUUCUGAUACAUGACAGAAUCAGAGUCACACACACACACACAGACACACAUCAACACACACACGGGAGUAAAUAGCAGCUACACACACACACACAUGCUUUAAAGACUGGUCUCACAUUUGAACUCUGAUUAUCACAUUUAAACAGCUGAUUUUACAAAUAUCUGGCAUUUACAAAACCAAGCUGCUGUUUUGUUGCGACAAUUCCUGCGUUUAUUUAUUUGCAUUCAUGUCUUUUUGCGCGGUAUUGGCAACGAAUAAUUCAGCAAAUGGCCAGCUGUGCUUUGAAAUUAUUUAUAUAAAAAUAUAUGUAGACUUCUUUCAUUGUGUGUGUACGUUUGUAAGACGCAUGUAAUGUACCUUGUGGUGUGAAAUAAAGUAGGCAAAAAAGACAAAUUGCAUCUUAUAGUCACGAAACCGGUCACAUGAGCUCAAACCCAAGUUGUAGAAAAAUAACACAAGACGGGGGGAAAUUUUCGACAGAUUCAUCAAUUGAGAAGUUUGGCGCUUGCAAGGUUGUAUGGUCCCGUUAUUUCCUUUGCUUUCAAACACUGGAUUGUUUACUAAACCUUGAACCGUCUAGACAGUAUAAUAAAAGUAGCUGUAAAUGUCUAAAUAGGGGGCUAUUGGACUUUGGUGUCCCAACCCCCAGACCACAUGAGGACUGAUUCUCCUUCCUGACUUUUAAGUACUUUAACUCCAGGCUAGAAAAGCUGGGAGAAUUCAAGAGAUUGCUGCACACCACGUCCCAUAUUUAGCUCGUUUUUGGCCUCUUGGCGCACUUGUGAUCUUCCCAGAGUUUACUGGAAAACAGUGGAAAAUACUUUUGGCAGGACCGCCAUCUGGAAGGAUAAGUGGCUUUUCAAGUUUAUCUCCUCAUUUGUUGUAUUGGAAAUUGGAAAUGGGUGUUUUGAAUUUGCUGCUAAUAAGGAGAAUCACGGAUUGCGCGUUUCUGUGUGACGCAGGUGAGGCGAUUCCAUCAUUACGCGUCACUUGAUUGCCCCAAAUAGUGUGUAUUAUUGUGUUAUUUUUGUAACCAGUAGAGGAUCAGACUAAAUAAAUGCAAUGAUUCCUCACUAACAGCCGCUUUAUUGGUAGUUUAUGUCAUGCAGGAGGUCGUUAUUUCCACUUUAGCAACAGUUAAACCUCCUGUUUCUGCGUCCUUUGUUCGAAAACUAAAGUUUGGCGUUUGGAGAGAGAUUAAUGUUAAUGUCAUUUUGAUGUAUCAUAUUUAGCUGCAGUUAUUUCCCAAAAAGGCUGUUAGAAAAGAGAUUUCAUUAAGCGUUCAGCUGGUUGUCAUGUUGUCCUACAGUGAAAUUGCAUUACCAACUGUGUGGGGUAUUUCACUUUGAUUCUCGGUGUAUCCACAUGAGGGCAGACUUUCAGCUUUUGGGCCGCCAGUGGAAACCCACAGUUCAGGCAAUUUAACAUGCACCCUGCAUGAUAAUCAGCCAGUGGAGGAAUAAUCAGUUCAGCACACGGGGUUGUUUCAGUUUUUUAUUUUAAUCAUUACUUCUUCCAGUCGACUGAAUUAUUGUUGCGUUUUCAGCAGAAUAUCAUUUUUUUUAAUUAAGGCACAACCCCCAAAGGCACAUGUGGUUUUUUUUCUCCUUCAAAUAUAUAUGUCAAAACAUUCACCAGUGCAGCUUGCAGUUCCUCUAAAGAAAAAUAUAAGAACGUAUCUAAUCUUAACACACAUUUUUUCCCCACUCUGAGGGGAUUUAAUUCCUGAGUCUUCUUCCAAGCAGCAAUCAAAUUUACAUAUCAUGUUCGUGCGUUUGGAAACAAAAUAAAUAUAAUUCUGCUCCGAGCUUUGUCAUCCUCAUCAUAAAGACUCAGAUCUUCACCUGCAGGCCUCUGAUAUCUGUCUCUGCAGGCUCCAAAUAUUAUUGCGUUGUUAAUAUUCAAAUACACACGCUUUGAAUUCACUUUCAUUUCAUAUUAAUUCGCAGCUGCAUAACUGUAAAACUGACUAUUUGCUUUAAAACACAGAAACGCUACAGAUAUUCCCCCCAAAAACCCACAGCAUUGUUGCAUUUUCAAGUUUUCUGGUUUCGUUUCAAAGUAUUCCUCUCUUUUUUUAGGAACACCUUUUUAUGCUUUGUUUUUAUUAUGCUUUAAAUAUCAGUGAAUCCGCUGGAAUUUGCUUUAAAUUGUUAUUAUUAUUAUUAUUAUUAUUAUUAUUAUUAUUAUUAUUAUUAUUAUUAUUAUUAUUAUUAUUAUUAUUAUUAUUGGUGAUGAUAAUAACGACCAAAUAUGGCAAUAAUGCUGCAUAAUAUGCGCACUAUUUUAUGUUCCUCUCUUUUUUUGUUAAAAGUAUUCCUUCAAUCAAGUCUUGUGUAUAUUUUGUAUGUAUGUAUGAAUUGUUGAUUUCACCCUGAUGAAUAUACUCCCAUAUUAAUAGGUUGGUUUUCACGCUAUAUGAAAUAAUAUCAAUGUUAUCUUUGCGCACUUGUCAUUAUUAUUAUCAUAGAAACAUGAUCAUUAAAACAAAGAACGAUGUCA